GAACUGCAGUUUCUACUCCAAGUCAAUAUUCAAGAGAACCAGACACUUAUCAGCAGUGGAUCCACCACAGCCAAGGUACUGAAAUGCUCUGUACUGUACUUAUUCUAGUUCUUGUUGGUUAAUAUAGAGAUUUUAUUACGUAACACAAGCGACAACCAUCGUCACCACAGUCGGCUGUAAUGUGCAUGCAAACCAUGGAUUUUCUGUAUGUGGUCUAGCUGCCUAUAGUUGAUGUCCAAAACAUGUACAAUGAAAAUGCUUAAUGUGGAAUUCUCUUAUCUUUAAAGGGGUGAAAAUGUGUCAGAGUUUCUACCACACCCACAUUUUAUCCUGAUGGUGGACUGCUUCUAUUAUGCACAGGUGUUAUACUUUCACAUUUACCGUUGUGCUACGCAAUUCAUGCUGCAAUUUGAAAAUUUGGUUCAGUUUUUGUGGGACUUGCUUAUUAUUGCUUCAAGACCUGUACAACUGCCCAACACAUUCAGUAUUAGAACACUACGAGUUGCCUUGAGUUCAAUACAUGGGUGAAAAAAUGACUGUUUGUUGUUUUAACUGUUGACCAUCUUUUGUACUUAGUCUGUGAAGCACCUGGCUGGACCAGAGACCUGCAUCAUAUGAUGCUAUGAGCAACACACAGUGGAUGUCAACCGCAAAGUUUAUAAAACAUUUUUUGAGGUGAGUAUUCUGUCUGUCCUCCUGUUAUCACAUAAACUGUUGUGUAAGGAAAUGUAGGUGGCUGUUAUAUUUAAGCUUUUCAUGUAUCUUAUGGAGAUCUUAGGAUCAUGUUCCUCUUCAAUGACUUGCUGGUCCUCUGGUCUGUUGUCCAAUCAGUUGCUGCUACGAGACUUCCAGUCUGAAGAGAUCCCUUUGGACAAGCAGGACCCAGAGUAUAACAGUCCUGACAUCUGCAUCCUUCACAUUCGCAGAGCUGUCUGA